GCGCUACUGUUGAGUAAUUCUCCAUCCUCUUCCUCCUGCGCCGCUCUUUGCAAACAAACUACGAAAUCACCCGUACAAAUUACUCACACAGAACAAGAAUCAAUGUAGAAAAUGCUUUCAAUUACUACCAAUAUUAUUCACCUCAAGCGCACUUUAGUCUUUUCUAGUUAUCGUGUCAAGGAUCGCCAUGUCUAGAAUUUUGACAUUCCGUAAUAUUCGGAGGGCUGCACGUUGUAUUGUUUCGAAGCACAGGAGCUGUUAUUCAGAAAUAAGGAAUUAUGGAGCUGUUGUUACGGCUGGGUUACGUGCGUCACAGUACAGAUUUUAUGCGCAUUAUGGGUUUAGUAGGGGAAGGCACCCCAUGUAUAAUACCAAAGAGCUUUUUUGUAGGAGUUGCACUACCAGGAAUUUAUCAGCUGCCUCUGCAAGUAGUACUUUGACACAUCGAGCACUAGUUGCUUGGAGAAGGCUCUUGCAUGAAGGUUCUGAUGAACAGAUUUUCCCCUGUUUAAGUAGGAUCAUCCAAGCAGUCAGCUUGUCUUUGACACGCUCACCCCUCGUUGUACCUGGUAUUUUUGCCUUGACAUCUGGGCAGCUAGCAUGGGCACAGAGAGUGUCUGCAGAGACUGAGCAUUACCCUUCACAAAAUGCUUUAUACAUGCGUGCACAAGAUGGGCAUGUGAUUGUGACCUCAUUUCUAUAUUCAGCAGUGGAAGCUGUUAUUUUGCUUGUAAGAACCUUCUAUCUUAUGGUAUUAUUCUCACCCAGUUUAACGAUGGCACCUUUUGCUGAUUAUUUAGGACCCCAGUUUAGGCAACUAUGGCUUCAUGUUGUUCUUAAAACACUGGAAAAAGCGGGUCCAGCAUUCAUUAAAUGGGGUCAAUGGGCAGCUACACGGCCAGAUCUCUUUCCUAGAGAUUUAUGCAAGAAGCUUUCGGAGCUUCACACUAAAGCUCCUGAACAUAGCUUUGCGUAUUCUAAAAUGACUAUUGAAAAAGCAUUUGGUCGAAAGCUUUCUGAAAUUUUUGAUACUUUUGAAGAGUCACCUGUAGCAUCUGGUAGUAUCGCUCAAGUCCAUCGGGCUUCUUUGAGAUUUCAGAACCCUGGUCAAAAGGUGAAGUCUAUAGUAGUUGCCGUAAAGGUUAGACAUCCUGGCGUUGGUGAAUCAAUUAGGAGAGAUUUUGUAAUAAUCAACUUGGCAGCAAAGAUAUCUACAUUCAUUCCAGCUUUGAAGUGGCUAAGGUUGGAUGAGAGUGUUCAGCAGUUUGCAGUUUUCAUGAUGUCUCAAGUUGACCUUUCCAGGGAAGCUUCUCAUUUGAACCGGUUUAUUUAUAAUUUCCGAAGAUGGAAGGAUGUUUCUUUUCCUAGACCAGUGUAUCCCCUUGUGCAUCCUGCUGUUCUGGUGGAAAGCUAUGAGCAAGGGGAAAGUGUCUCACACUAUGUUGACGAACUUAAGGGACAUGCUCGGAUUAAAACUGCACUUGCGCACAUCGGGACCCAUGCACUUUUGAAAAUGCUCCUGGUGGACAAUUUUAUUCAUGCUGACAUGCAUCCUGGAAAUAUUCUUGUACGGGUGGCUCAGAGCAACUCUUCUAAGAAACGGCUCUUUAGAUCAAAGCCUCAUGUCAUUUUCCUUGAUGUAGGCAUGACUGCUGAACUCUCUAAGAGUGAUCGAGUAAAUUUAUUGGAAUUUUUUAAGGCUGUUGCCCGCCGGGAUGGGCGCACUGCUGCAGAGUGCACUCUUAAAUUGUCAAAGCAACAGAACUGCCCAAAUCCAAAAGCUUUUAUUGAGGAAGUGGAAGAGGCUUUUGCUUUCUGGGGUUCUCCAGAAGGUGAUUUGGUCCAGCCUGCUGAGUGCAUGCAACAAUUGCUUGAAAAAGUUCGGCGCCAUAGAGUGAAUAUUGAUGGAAAUGUGUGCACUGUGAUGGUCACAACUUUGGUUCUUGAGGGUUGGCAGCGGAAGCUUGAUCCUGGGUAUAAUGUGAUGGACACAUUACAAACUUUACUACUAAAAGCUGAUUGGGCAAAGUCUCUUUCUUACACAAUCGAUGGACUGAUGGCCCCAUAAGAAGGUUUUUGUUUGUUGCUGAUCCACUGAAACAAUUUUGAUAGCGCAAGGACAGUAUAAUAUCCCAGUCCUAAGAAAUAAGAUAAGUGUCUCAAGUUUUUUUUUUUUUCAAUUCCCUUCAAAAUUGAGCCUCUUUUCAAAAUUGCCAAUUUUGUUCUUCUUUUUUUAUUCCAAUUUUCCUAUAAACCAUUGCUAUAUCUUAGCCUCCAUACUUUCAGGCGAAACAGUGAAGGGGGCCAAAAGAGACAAAUAAAUUUUUUGACAUUCUAUUGUUUCAAAGUUUUUUUGUGUACAGUAUGCACUUUCCUACUCUCAAAGUUUUUUUGUGUACAGUAUGCACUUUCCUACUCUCAAAGUUCAAUGGUGCCCCAAACAUGAUGAAGUAUUUUUAUGCGCCCUUUAGUGUACAUAUAAAGUUCUCUGUGUCUAUGAUAUAUGUUUGGUCAUCGGGCAUUGUUUGAGUUGAAUUUAAUCUGAAAAAGUCUAUGGACAACUUGUCAGCCAUAGUUUAAAAGAGAAUGUUUCAACACUUGGUUUGUCGACGGUAGUUCUAUGGUAAGAAUGAGAAUUUGAUCAACUGUAAGUCAACGUGAGGCAUACUAACGAGUGGCCAAACUGAUGCAGUUCUGUUUGGUUGAUUCAAAUAUGUAAGAGAUUGUGCUAUGCGCAUGCUUUUAUUGUAAGUAUUUCAGUAAACUAUCAUAGGGAGAAAGAAUUGCACGCUUUUGGAAUAUUGUAGGGAGAAGAGUUCCAAAUAGAAUAUAUUUCAUUAGGAAGAUAUUCACAGGACAGGAGCACUCUCCUGCAAAUAGAAUUUUGUAUUUACGGACUUUAUUUAUUUUGGGCUACAUCAUACCAACCACUCUAUGGAUUAUAUGUGUUUAAUCAAUAUUCUAAAUUAAUACUUGUUUUACUU